AUGAAGCUGCUCACCUCCACCAUUUUUUCGGCUAUUCAGCCUUUUCUCUCCCUCCUUCUUCCCCGCUCGUUCCCUGUCCUCCUCGUCCUCUUAGCUUUCGCCCCCACCCUUCUUCCUCUGGCUUCAGCACAGCUCGACAAGUACGCCAAACUCGCCGGCCUCUCCUACUUCGGCACAGCCGUCGACAACCCUCGUCUAUAUAACGAGCAGUACAUGUCUGUGCUUCAGGGCUCUGGCGAGUUUGGCUCGCUGACGCCCAUCAAUGCACAGAAAUGGAAGAAGACUGAGGAGGUCCAAGGAGUAUUCACCUUUGCGGAAGCGGAUGCUAUAGCGAAUACGGCGAAAGCUGGGGUGGGAGGGAUGAAGACGCUGAGGUGUCAUACCAUGGUGUGGUAUAAGGGGUUGCCCUCUUGGGUUGAGACGACGUACUCCCGCGACGACAUGGAAAAGAUCCUCGCCGCACACAUCCAGAAUCUGGCACAGUACUUCAAGGGGAGGUGUUAUGCUUGGGAUGUGGUGAAUGAAGCCAUCGACGAGAACGGAGUGUUUAGGCAGAGUCCAAUGUACAAAGCCAUGGGCCUCGACUUCAUCACUUUCUCCUUCAAGACCGCCGCCAAAGCCGACCCCGGCGCCAAACUCUACUACAACGACUACGCCCUGGAAUCACCGUCCCUCUCCCCGGGCCCCAAAAUUUCUAUUACUCUCGCCAUGCUCCGCACCGUCAAGGCCCAAGGCGGCACCGUCCACGGCGUCGGCUUCCAAUCCCACCUCAAAGUCGGCCUUGUCCCUGCCCGUGCCGAGAUUGUCAACACCAUGCAGCAGUUCCUGGAGGUGGUGGAUGAGGUGGCCAUCACGGAGCUGGAUAUUCGACACAGCCCGCUGAAGGUGCCGAGCACGAGGGAAAUGUGGAACGCGCAGGCGAGGGAUUAUGGAGAGGUGGUGGGCGCUUGCUUGGAUGUCAACAAGGGGUAUGGAGGGAGGAAAUGCGUGGGGGUGACUUUGUGGGAUUUCACCGACAAGUAUUCGUGGGUGCCGAGCGAGAUCCCCACAGAGGGGGAGGCGUGCAUGUGGGAUAACAAUUAUGUCAAGAAGCCGGCGUAUUGGACGGUGUUGAAUAUGUUCAAGGCGUAUGCGGCGGGCGCGUCGAGGAGGCGGGCGGGGAUGGAUGGAGUGGAAGGUGGAAAUGGGACGGUAUCGGAACUGGACUUGGAGGCGGUAGCACAUCGCGGGCCUGAGGGUCUUCCUGGGCUUGGAAGGGAACAAACGACGAUGACGGUUGUAGCGACUACGCUGGCGACGGCGAGGAGGGUUAGGUCGACUGCUAGGCCAGGGGCGUGAAGAAUGGUGGAUGUUGGUGACAAUGAAACCAGUGAUGGUUGACGUGUGAUGGCGGCUGAUGGAUGACUUGACGAGCGGUGUGCCACGAAGGCCUGAUGCCAAUUUGGCUUUUCUUGUAUAUGAUUUUUUAUGAGUACCUAUCUGCUUCCCUUC